AUACACUAGCACUACACAACAGCGCUGUCAACUGAAACAAAAUCGUGUCGCUCGUCGGAUCUAACAAAGGAAAAUAAAUAAAUAAUUUAAAAAACCAAAGAAGAAGACCACAGACCGCUGUAAUAUAAGGACAGAACUUGCUAUUGACUUGACACUGAUACCUGACGUGUCGUUGUAGUGUUGGUUGGUUAGCUAGUUAGUGUUAACCGGUCGCGGUGUGAUUUGUUUGUUUUAAAUGGACUAAUUACAAUCCGGUAUUUACUAAACUGGAUUGACUUCUGCCUGUAACUGCCCGCUACACAACACUGUUCUGGUUUUUUACAUCUUAGCGAGAUCUAAUCUGCCAAACCAGUACCAAAAUGUCAAAAUACACCACUUUUGCUGAUGCAGCUGAUGAUCAUAAUCCAUUUCAGGAUCCAUCAGUGACUCAGCACAGCAGCAACACUGGCUAUGCCACGCUGGACCUCUACAACCCAUUUGACAACAACACAACAGCGCCUCCACCUCCCUAUGAAGCCACAUCUCCUGCUGCACCUCCUGCCCAGACGCCUCCCAGCAGGACCACACCAACCGAGCCCAGGAAUUAUGGAUCCUAUGGAACACAGUCUGCAGUGAAUGCCACCACAGCAGAUCUUUUGAGGAAGCAGGAGGAACUAGAAAGAAAAGCAAAAGAGCUGGAGAGAAGAGAGAGAGAGCUGAAUGCACAUGCGCUUGGGUCUGGAGCCACUCGUCAGAAUAAUUGGCCCCCAUUGCCCUCCUUCUGCCCGGUGGGACCGUGCUUCUAUCAGGACAUUAAUGUGGAGAUUGGCCAAAGCUUCCAGCGCACUGUCACCACCUUGUAUUACUACUGGAUGUUUACAGCAUGCACUUUGCUCUUUAAUCUCAUCUCCUGUUUGGCUAUGUUCUGUGCGGAUCCCAAUAAUGGAGUUGGUUUCGGCCUUGCCAUACUCUGGUUUCUCCUCUUCACCCCCUGCUCCUUUGUUUGUUGGUACAGGCCUGUGUACAAAGCCUUCAGGAGUGACAGUUCCUUCAACUUCUUUGCAUUUUUCUUUGUCUUCUUCGCCCAACUGGUGCUUUAUAUUAUCAUGACUGUCGGUAUCCCUGGCUGGGGCUUCAGUGGGUGGAUCGUGAGUUUAGCCGCUCUUAGCAAGAACAAGGCAGUGGGUGCGAUCAUGAUGAUAAAUGCUGUGCUCUUCACCGCUCAGGCGGCCAUGGGAGUGGUGUUGCUCAAGAGGGUUCAUUCUAUGUACAGGCAGACCGAAGCGAGCUUUAAGAAGGCCCAGGCUGAGUUUGCUACAGGUGUGCUUUCCAAUCAGGCAGUGCGCCAGGCAGCCACCAAUGCCACUGUUUCUGCCGCACAAGGCGCCUUCACUGCACCCCGGUAGAGAGACCUGAAUGAAAGAAAAGAAAUGAUGUUGAAGAACCUGAUUGCUUACACAGCCUUGAGACAAAGUGACUUAUUCUAGCACUGGCCGAGUUGGAAACCAACGCACUUACCCUAGACUCCUCUAGCAUGCAUGUCAAGAUACACAAACUCAUAUUGAUAAUAAAACACUGGAUUUCUUUUUGUAUUUGUUGGUCUUGCUGAGCAUUAGGCCAUUAGUUCAGACAUGCAAAAAGGAUCUAGGUGUUGGUUGAUUUCAAAUUAUGGCUUAUAUGAAUGCUGUCUAUGAGGAUCUACGAUCAACUAAUAAAAUAGUCUUUCCGUUUAUCAUGCUAGAAAAAGUCAAUGUAAUAAUUUGUUAAGACCAUAAAAAUACCUAAUACCACAGGCUGUGGCUUAUAAUUCUUGUCUCUUUUACAUUUCUGAAGCUUGUAAGUGUAAGGUACAGCAGCCUUGCUGAUUCAACAAAGACGUGCCACAUUCUGCCUUUGUUUUUCCCUUGACUUCUUUCUUUGUGUAAAUAGCUGUACAUGGCAAGGAAAGGGAUACUUUCAUUGCUCUAGAAUGGAGGUUGCUACAUAGAACCUGUGAAGUUUAACUUGCCAAAUGUUUUUCUUAAAA